ACACUCAUUCGUAAGCAGGCAAUCGCUGCGGUAACACCUCGUGGAGACUUGUACGUAACUGAAAGAAUAUAAUAUCUCGGAGCGAUGCCGGUGCUUGGAGUGUGCGAGAUAGAGCAGCAACUCAUGGGUAGAAAAUCAGGACGUGAACGCGAUGUUAAUCACCGUGGGAGUGAGCGCGAGAGUCGUGCCCGACGUGGGCGUCGCUAUCGCAGCACAUCCUAUGAUUCACGACCUCGGUCACAUUCUGCUCCGAGACUACGAAGCGGUUCUGUAGCGUCAACAAUGUCAGUGAGCUCGCGGCGUAGCGGAGGCCGUGGUGGCCAGUCGUCUCAUGGAGGAGAAAACAACCAUGGUCAUCAGAACUUACCUUCACUUAAGAACCUUCGAAAGCAAUUACGCAGUCACUACAAUGAAAAGGUGAUGGCGAUGGUGGCACGUUACAUUGAUGAGAUGGAACUGAAUGCAGAAAUAGUUAACAAUAUCAACUAUCUACGUCGUUGCCGACAUCUCGGUAUCAUUCCGAAGGAAUAUUGGAUGAUCAACUCUUCUAUACGGAAUACGAGAGAAGCAGUUCGCAUGCUCGAUGAAUGCUCGUAUCGUCUUAUGUGUCACGAUCAGCAGUAUCACAUGCUACGUAGGGCACAACUUACGAAACAGUUGGCACGCACUGAGGACCAAUUAAAGAAGUUGCUUUCCCAACAGGACCAUCAACGUCUCUGUGCUGUUGUGAAAGAGCACCGCAGCGGCAUCUUUUCGCAUAUCCGUGACGAACAGCGAAAAGCUGUGGACAGUCUUCGUAAGGAAGUCGAAGACUACCAAAGCUACUUGAAGGAGAAGAAAAAGCCCCGCCGCAACGCCGCCGAUGGUGCAGGAAAUAACAGUCAUCGCAGGACUCGUAACAAGAACAAGGAAAACCGACUUAAGGACGACAUCAAAAACAGCAUCAGCAGGUCAAAGUCUGAAGAUGAUGACAACAUCAGCCACAACAAUAACACGGGAUCACGAGAUAGCGACGGCGAAGAUCCAAAUGCUCAUCGCGUGGAACGCCGUACUGCGGGGUCCGCAUCGUCACGCGAAGACGGAUCCGUCAGUGACGAGUAAUGAACAGUGGUUUCGCUGAAAAAUAAACGCCAAUAACCAACAUGGAUUGCUGCGGCCGCGGAAAUUCUGAAUGGAAAGCCGAUUUAUGCUUAUAUAUUUCAGUACAAAUAAUGACGCUGACGAUAUAGGUUCAGAAUCAGACGUAGGCGACUGAAAUGUCCACUGUUCGAAGUCGACAGUGUCCAAGGAAGCGUCAUUCCAACAACAUAGUUUUUGGAUCAGAUCUCGUAUUGGUAUAUUAUCAUGCGUGCUAGCAGCAUGUCGGUUACGGUCGUUGUGAGUAAGGUAAAUAAAACCAUAACACCUCUU